AUGAUCAUCGCUACCAGGUCUUCCAGCAACUCGGAGUCUAUCUCGCUAUCAGAGGGGCUGGAUUCGCCAUCGACGAUCUUGCCGACUUCGACCAUACCAACGUCGAGUUCAACACGACCCAUCCAAGUCAUGAUGAACGAUCUCAUUGAGAGAGCGGACGACGUUCACGAAGUCCACCUCCUGGACGGCUUCAGGUCAACUCGACGACAGCCAUAUCUAACCCCUCGCCCUAGCGGGCUAAUCAGAAUCCCCUACCCGUUUCCAUUCCAAACGGACAAGCCGAAAGUAACGCUAGAGGAUGACGUCGAUAUCGACCUAGACGGAACAUGGGGAACGUUCAUGAGAAUGAACUACCCAAUGUACCUAACAGAGAAACUCCACCUGCCCCAGCUAGAGCCAGAUCGACGCCGGACUAUCCUAACAGCUGUCUACGCCGGCCUUCCAGUGGGAAUCCUCCCACCGUCGUACGCUCUAGAUCAUCCGCUACACUUUGAUAUCUUACCCGCAGCACUCUCAUUCGCUCUGGAUGCAUUCAGUGUCGUACACGGUACCGUAUCAAGGAUAAUGACAAUACCAGUGGAAGAACGUACGGGAAUGGCCAACAUUCAUAUCAUAGACUGGUACGAAGAAGAAGAACGGCUGCUCGAAGGUAUAAGUAGCGGCCCUCCUUUUCCCCUACUGAACCAUCGCCUCCUCCUACUCAAGUGGGAACUCUACGAGGAAAUCUACCCUUGGGAUAAAGAGAAUCGCCCCGCUCUACCACCUCCACCAAUGUCGCUCAACAUCCGUGUCACUACCACCGUCACUCGCAGCGCAUCGGAGCCGGGACUCCUCAUCGACAGUGACGGAGAUGACAUCCCGCUCCUGAACAACAUUAGUGACGAAGCACUGGCCGAGUCAUGGAGGAGUGCACGGUGGGGAGACGAUGAAGACGAGACAGACGAUGAACAGGCAAGGAAUGCCGACGAUGAACAAUCGGGCCAUCCCCACCGUCCUGGCGCCACUUACCCCUACAACACCACACCUGAGGAUGGAUCACAACCUGCACCGGCCGACACCAUCAAGGAGCAGAUAAGGUACGCUCGAACGGUCAAGUCUUCGAGCAACCCAGCGGCAGGACAGGUAUCGCUCGUCGCUCCGGACGUAGCAUCCCCCUACGAUGUUUUCAUCACCACGCCACUAACAUUCCUCAUGGAACGCGAUGGCCAUUGUCUCUACGUUCAUCGUACGGGCACGGGCGAGUUCGCCACCUUCCAUGCCUUCGUCUUCACUUGGGACAACCAGAAGGUUGCCUGGCACCUCUACUUGGAAGACUCACCUCAUCGUGUCUUCAGUCAAUGGGUCGCUCUGCUCUAUCCGCCACCCAUCCCAGGCAUGCACGACUGGCAUCCAACACCCAACCGGACGCGCAUCCUCAGCAUUCGCUUCGUGGGCAAGGAAGAAGGCGUUGAACAAUACGAGGUCGAACUUUUCAGAACGUUCUCCAAUCAAGUCCACUACAGAGACGCCAAGACACCUCGUGAGUUCACGCCGGUCAUCUUCCAACCCCUCGUCGCCAUGAUCGAGAAGCCUGGGUGGCUUACCGAUGGGGUCGAGGCACUGAAGGCGGUCCUGUAUGAAGACGGGUCCAUCUCGCACUGGGCACCCACCGAGUUCCAUCCUCAACCCCAAGAGGAUCUCGACGCGGAAUGGGAGGUC